CGACUUAAUUUACAUAUGCUAUUUUACCGGGAACCUCAUGCCUCACACGCGUACAGAGCACGAAGAGAUGGAACCUGAUUUACUUCAAAACUCUCACGUUAACCACAACAAUUUUGAAGAUACUGACUUCGGACCAAGGUUUAAAAAACUGAGAAUAACUGAUAAUGUUCGGGAACUCCAAACCGUUUUACGUGACAAGUCAACGUCAAGAGGGGAUUUUAUAUUUUAUGCAGAUCGAUUGAUUCGUCUUGUUGUAGAGGAGGGCCUGAAUCAGCUUCCAUAUCGAUUAAGCGAAGUUACCACUCCUACUGGUCAGAUUUACACGGGACUUAGGUACGAGAAGGGGAACUGCGGAGUCAGCAUCAUGAGAAGUGGAGAAGCCAUGGAACAAGGACUCCGAGAUUGUUGUAGGUCGAUACGUAUCGGGAAAAUCUUGAUUCAGAGUGAUGAAGACACGCACGAAGCCAAAAUUGUGUACGCCAAACUUCCUCCAGAUAUAUCAGACCGCAAGGUUCUGCUGAUGUACCCCAUUAUGAGUACAGGAAACACUAUUGUAAAAGCCUGCACAAUCCUAACUGAGCACAAGGUCCCAGAGGAAAACAUCAUAUUGCUGACUCUCUUCACAACCCCACAGGCUGUUCGCUUAGUCCAAAACAAAUACCCAGACGUGACCAUUCUGACCUCAGAAGUUCAUCCUGUGGCCCCGAACCACUUUGGACAGAAGUACUUUGGUACUGAAUAAUGGUUGUUGGAGUUUUGUUCAAUUUUCUCUGAAAAUGUUGACAACAAAUGUCAUCAAUUUUUGGUGAGAAAAGUGAAAACACACCUAAGAGCGGCUUUUUAACACGCCUGCUUUGAAUUCAUUGCCUUUUUUUUUCCUAUUUUUCAUGUGGGAGUUUUUCACAAGUUGCUGAUGAAUCUUGAUAAAGUCUCAGGAAUUUAAUAUGAGAAUGAUUUUUGUCAUUUCUACUGUGUGGUAUAUUAUGUUCUGAAUAUUCAAAAUCCAUAGAUGCAUAUGGAAUUAAUAAAUGUAAAACUCUAAUACAUGCAAGUCAAUGGUGCAAGACAGUGUGAAUUAAGAAGUCAAUGGUGCAAGACAGUGUGAAUUAAGAAGUCAAUGGUGCAAGACAUUGUGAAUUAAGUUAGUGAAAGGUACUGUAAUUUUUUUAAUGACAAAAUAUGUGUUCUUCUGCAAAACAUGCAGAAAAAUCAAUUGUGGAUCAAUUGUGAGAGAGAUACACUCCAAAUUAAGUAUUAAUAUUUUACCUUCAGUUUCAUCUUGUAUGUCAACCAGUAGACGACGAUUCACGAUCCUGCGGUAUAGGUAAUAGUCGUUAUCAUUUCAUAUCCCCAGUAUUAUAUAUACAUUAUUACCUGGCAUUUUCACAUCACUGCCCUAUCAAAUUGGAGGCCAUUUUAUAUCGACCUGAGAGCUGUCAGGCUUGAGGUCUGAUAUAAAGUGACCGAGUACUGAUGUAGAGAUGAUAUGAAAUAUAUAUCAUGUUAUGAUUAAUAUAUCAGUGUGCUUAUAAAAAAUUUGAUACAAGUGAAGUACUGUAUGAUUGUGUUGCACUGUAAUACGCUUUUGAAUUGGACAUAAAAAUACUCGAGAAAUACAGUAAUCGAUUUCACGUCAUGGUAUAAUGUUUCUUGCGUUGCACUGUAUCCGCAUCAAAUGUGGAGAAACGAGGCUUUUGGUGUCAAAAUUCAGGAACGUACAGACUGUGACAUCAAGAUGUUCCUUAAAAUUGAUGUCGCAUCCAUGAAGGUGGAAAGGGUUGUAAAUGUUUGAUAAAGCUGAAGGUGGGAAAUAUUUUUCAUUAUAAUCAGGUAGUGUGAACUUUCAGUAUUUUUUAUUUAUUUUUUUUGGUUUAAAUUGAGUAGGGCAUAAAACAGUAUAUUUUGAUUAAUAUGUAUACAGUAUAUGAAAUUAUAAAAAGUUCUUCAGUACAAAAUUGGAGCUGUUACAACUGUAUAGUGUACCUGUACAAGCAGGUGGUGAUUGUAGUACUUAAUGUUAGUACAAUUGUAAUGAAAAUCAAAUAGAAAGGUCAAAUGUUGAUGCUAUUUUAUUGUUACAAGUAUGUGUCACUGUUACAGUGUAGUUCAAUUGCAAAAUGAAAAUGUAAAAAAAGAUAAUAGAAUUUAUAAUAUACUGAUCCGCAAAUGAAAUGACGUCACACAAUUCAUAUUAAUAAUAUCAAAAACUUUUAUGUUAAAUGGGAUUCAAGCAGAAUCUACAAAACUCUAUUAUUGAUCAAAUUUUAUCUACUUGGAUUUUUCCAGCAUGUUUGAAGUGUGACAUUUCUUUUGCAGUUCAUUUUAUCUGUUUAUAAUGUAACAUGUAUAUUAUUAUAUGAUGAUGUAGAAUCUCUUAAUCAGUAGAUGGUAAAGAAACAACCAUUUUGUUCAGACGAGACAGUGAUGUUUGUCAUUUUGGCUACAGAGCUUCUGUAUGAAUGCAAUGUUUUCGGAUUUUUUUAUUAAAUUUUUUUUUGUCUGUGUAACAUUUAUUAUACUGUAUAUUUUUUUGUAACAUGUAUGGCAUUAGAUUUUCAGAGUCACAGUCCUCAACAUGGUUAACUCAUACACUGUUAAUCGGGUUUUACAUACACAUCUUUACAGUGCUAUCAUCGUUAUUCAUGGUCGCUUUAUGUUCAUGAACUCAGAUUUUUGUUGAAUUAAGAUCCCAUUAACAAAGUAAGAUCAAAACACUAUUGUGCAAUGUGACAUCCCGUCAAUGUUUUGUCCAUUACUAUGGUAACUAUUGUAACGAAGUAUUUUGUUUAUAUAUACACUGAUAUUGAAAACUGCCUUAGAGUUCCGUUCACAUAGAUAUACAGUACAAAUUCCUCUGUUUUAAAUCAGAAGUCCAGCAAUUCUGUCAAUAUUUGUCUUUUUGCGAGAUAUCAAGACAUUAAAUAAAUGGUAUCCAUGA